ACGGUUACCUGCAGCAGGCAGGCAGGAAAGAGAAGGCAGACCCGAGCAAUUAGUUAGCACAGGAAUCGUUUGGAGGAGGCGUGCGAAGGGGGAAAUCAAGGAUCAGAUUUUACAAAUCCAACAAAUAACCUACACAUCGCGACAUUAAGGAUUCCAUAAAGUGCUCCUGACAUACAGCUGGAUCCUAGGUGGAGAGAACAUGGCCUUGCACCCUCGCCGGGUACGAUUAAAGCCAUGGUUGGUGGCUCAGGUGGAUAGUGGAAUGUACCCGGGACUUAUCUGGUUAAAUCGAGAGGCAAAGCGGUUCCAGAUCCCAUGGAAACACGCCACUCGGCAUAGUCCGCAGCAGGAGGAAGAAAACACAAUUUUUAAGGCCUGGGCGGUGGAAACUGGGAAAUACCAAGAAGGAAGUGAUGAGCCAGAUCCAGCUAAAUGGAAGGCCCAAUUGCGUUGUGCACUUAACAAAAGCCGGGAGUUUAAACUGAUGUAUGAUGGUACUAAAGAAGUUCCAAUGAAUCCCAUUAAAAUCUAUGAGGUUUGUGACAUUUCACAGCCCCAGGGAUCCAUAAUCAAUCCAGGUUCUUCUGAUUCUUCACCCUGGAAUGAUGAUGAUUAUGACGAUGAUGAUUUAAAUCGUUCCCAACCUCAUAUUCCAAUCCAAGAACCAUUUACUUGUCUAAAUAUUAAUGCAGAUUCUCCAAUGGGUCCAUCCAGUGUGGGUAGCUGCACUCCAGAACAGACAUGGCCAAAAUCCGAACCUCCGGACAUGGAAGUGCGACCAGCAUCUGGGCCUAUUGAGAUCUUUAGUUCUCCUGAGCUAUGGAUUAGCUCGCUACCUAUGACUGAUUUAGAAAUCCAGUUUUUAUAUCGGGGGAAAGAAAUGGUCCAGACGAUGACUAUCAGUAACCCUCAAGGUUGCCGACUAUUCUAUGGGGAUCUUGGCCCUAUGCCCAAUCAGGAGGAGUUGUUUGGCCCCAUCAGCCUUGCACAGGUUCGCUUCCCAGGAACAGAGCAAAUCUUGAAUGAAAAGCAGAAACUUUUUACUGGGCGACUGUUGGAUGUCAUGGACAGGGGUUUGAUAUUAGAAGUUAGCGGACAUGCAAUCUAUGCAGUUAGGCUUUGCCAAUGCAAGGUGUAUUGGACUGGACCAUGCUCCCCAUCUUCAAACAUGCCAAACCUUAUCGAGAGGCAGAAGAGAGUUAAACUUUUCUGUCUGGAGAGCUUUUUAAGUGACCUUAUUUCUCACCAGAGAGGAGGUAAUUCCAAACAGCCAGCUUAUGAAAUCUGCCUCUGCUUUGGGGAGGAAUGGCCUGAUGGCAAACCCAAGGAAAGGAAGCUUAUCAUUGUUCAGAUUGUUCCAGUUGUAGCCCGUAUGAUCCUUGAGAUGUUUUCUGGUGACUUCACACGCUCCUUUGACAGCAGCAGUGUGCGCCUACAAAUUUCCGUACCAGACAUCAAAGACAACAUUGUUUCACACCUUAAGCAGCUGUACCGUCUUCUACAGAAUAACCAAGGUCCUGGUCCAGACGCUUGGCCUGUGCUACACACAACAAACAUGCACAUAUCUCAGGCAUUGCCAGCACAGUGAAACAGAGACAAACUCUAUGAACAUUGUAUUGUGACCAACUAAAAAGUGCAAGGAUUGUUAACGUUUUUAAAAGUAGGAGCUGAAUACUGGGAUUCAAAAAUGUCCAGCAUUUAGAGUCUCUUAGACGUAGCAGCUUCUUGGAAAUCAGAAUAGACUAUGAAUCGAACUCUCUUGAUCAUUUCUUGGCCUGAGGUUUUUAUGACUUUUUCUACAAGAUUUUGGCAAGAGUAGUUUUGAGGUUAUUAUUAUUUUUUAAUAUAACUGGAUUCCCACAAAUCUACUGGUUUUCUUUUCUGCUCUCAACUUAAACAAAGUCGCGGAAUUUCCCUGCUCAUAAAAUUAUCAACAAUCGCCUCGAGGAUCAAUGACUUUUCUUCCUCUGCUUGCACAGCAAUAAUGGAACUUAAUUUAAAUAUGGUUUUUACCACACUUGACCCCCCCGUGUUGCUAAUUAUUUAAUUUUUUUUUUUUUUUAAGCAUCAAAACUUCUCAUUUUAUUUGUCUAUGAAAUUAAGAAUCCUCUAAUAAAAAAAAUAAUUGGUAUUGUAGAUCAGGUUUUGAACUGCUAAUAUAAUCAAUAUAUCUGUUUUCAAUACAGAUAUAAUUGCCUUCCCUUUUUAUUAAGCCGGACACUUUUUUUUUUCUUCUAUUAUGAAAGGGUAUAAAUGAACACUCAUUGUACACUCUCUAGUUUUAAAAAAAAAAAAAAAAAAAAUGAAAAAGCAAAUUGUCUGUUUGUGAUUAUUUCCAUCAAGCAUUUCAUUUGUCAGUUGAUUUACACUUUGUAUCAUUUAAAAACAUUUUUAACACAUCUUCA